AUGUGCUCCAGUCGAGGCAUUUCGGGGGCCAGCAACAACAGCAACGAGUUAGAAACCAGUGGCUCAAGUGCUCACUAUGUCCUGUGCACCUUCGGAGUGGGCCUAAUCGCCUUCGGGGUCAUCAUGAUCGUAUGGACCGUGAUACCACAGGAACAGGGCACAACCCCGGGAUUAACACAGAGAAGCAGACAACGUCCUCCAUCAGUGGCUCUGGUCCUGGUCGGCGCCGGGGUGGCCAUGCUGCUCUUGUCCAUUUGUCUGGGCUUGAGGAGCAAGAGGAGAUCACAGAACAGCGCCAACGAGGCGGAAACGCUGAGAGACCCUUUUAUGCAGCGUGUGGCGGGGCAGGAGCAACAGACUGGACCCAAAUGCUACAACGUGCCAAGCUACGAGGAGGUCAUCGGCAGUGAGGACUACCCCGUCCGCCAGAGCAACCUGAGGCGGAACAAUACGCUGCUGCCAUCCUAUGAGGACAUCAUCGCUGCCGUGGAAAACGAGAGAACAGAGCCCACCAACGCUCCCAGAGAGGACGCCCCUCUCAAUGAUCAAACGCCGACUUCAGGUCAACCCACCGCUGACCCUGCCGCUGAUCCCGCCAGCCUCGCUCAUACCCCCAGCAUGCCCACACGCAGUGGCAGCAAAGCCAGCCGCUUACUGAAGCCCCUCCGUGUGAGGAGGAUAAAGUCGGACAAGCUGCACCUGAAAGACUUCCGGCUCCAGAUCCGCAGCCCCACGCAGAACCCUGUGACCAUCGAACCCAUCACUCCGCCCCCACAGUAUGACGGCAAGAUGCCUGAACUGCAGUGACCCCUGUGACUCUCCACAAAUGGUACACCUAACCAGAACAUCUGAUGGUUUUACAGGACUGGUAAUAGUUCUAUGUCGACGUCUCCAUCAGUGAGCAGCAGGAUAUGAAGUGUGUGAGUGGCGUAUUUAUUCAGUCAUGAGACUUUAUUACUUCUGUGUAAAGGGAGGUGAAUAUUUUUAUUACAAAAGGACAACAUUUCAGUUUUAUUUAUUAGCCUAAUUAAAUAUCCAUCUCUCCAUAUCUGCUUAGCAAAUAAUAAUAAACUGUGCUAGUUUAAGAUGAAAGAACGAGUGUUUUAAUUUUUAUUUACAAUAUUUUCAUUAGAACUGAAGAUCCGCAACUGACAAAAUAUCAUUGAAGUUUAUGAUUUAGGAGUUUAUUUUGGUGUUACUUUUUAAAAUACCUUUAAAUGAUCGAAUAUAAAAUAAAUAUGGGAAUAAAUUAUAUUUAAAAUCUAAAAGGAGUUGACAUCUGCUAAUUCAAUAAUAAUGAAACCCAUUUGCUUCAGUUUAUUUUAUACGGUUAACACAUGGUGUUCAAACGCAUUAUCUGUAAUAUCUUAUUUUUUAUUGGUUUGGUGUUCAAACUCAUUAUCUUUUUUUUUUUUUUUUUGCAGAUUUGAAGUAGGUUUGUUAUUUUAAAGUAAGAAUCCCUUAAAAAAACAAACUGAUCUCAUUGAUCUGAAAUUGAUGUU